AUGCCACUUCCAUUCGGCGUCUACCGCGCCGACCACGUGGGCUCCCUACUGCGUGCCAAACCCGUACUCGACGCACGCGAUGAGCGCGAUGCGGGCAAAAUCACCGACAAAGAUCUCCGCGCGAUCGAGGACAAACACAUCGCCGAAGUCGUGACCUCGGAGAUUGAUUCCGGCCUACGAUCCAUCACUGACGGCGAGUACCGUCGCGCCUUCUUCCACCUCGAUUACUUACAGCACCUCGAUGGCACUGAGAUCCAGGGCCAGAUGAACAGCACCGCUGCCUCAGUCUCUGAUUUCCGACCACCAAAAUGUGUCGUCACUGGCAAACUGGGCCACUCCAAGGCGAUUCAGGUCGACGAUUUCCUGUUUCUCGAGGAGCAGAUCAAGGCCAAUGGUGCCGAGAGCAAGUUGACGACGAAAGUCUGCAUUCCGAGCCCUACCAUGGUCCACUUCCGGAAUGAUCGGACCACCAUUGACGAAAGGGUGUAUCCGGAUCUGGAUGAGUUCUUCGAGGAUUUGGCACGUGUGUACCAGGAGGAGCUCGCGGAUUUGUAUGCUGCGGGAUGUCGGAUGGUACAACUGGACGACACCAACCUUGCGUACUUAUGUGACCCAGCCAUGAGGAAAGAGGCGGAAGCACGGCACGGAGACGCCAAUGUACUGGUUAGGCGAUAUGCAGAGCUGAUCAACAAGUCCAUUGAGAAGCGCCCAAAAGACAUGACUAUUGGCAUUCAUCUGUGUCGAGGUAACCACCGCAGCAAAUGGUUCGCUCAAGGCGGAUAUGAACCCGUGGCGGAAGUGCUUUUCAAAGAAAUGAACGUGGACGCCUACUUCCUCGAAUUCGACGAUGCACGUUCGGGCGACUUCUCUCCGUUGAGACACUUGCCACCGAACAAGGUCGUGGUCUUGGGAGUUAUGAGCUCGAAGAAGGCAGAAUUGGAUGUCAAAGAGGACAUUGUGAAGCGAGUGAAAGAGGCAGCAGGCUACUGUGGACAGGGAAUUGAUCAGCUGUGCCUGUCGCACCAGUGCGGAUUCAGCUCUACGAAAGAAGGCAAUUCGCUAAGCUAUGAUGAGCAGUGGGCGAAGGUGCGGCUUGAGGUCGAAAUCGCGAAGGAGCUUUGGUCUGACGCCUGA